ACAGUAUACUCAACUAGUCGAAGCAAGACUGGGUAUCGAUUAUUAUUUUUAAUUUCAUAUAACUUUUUGUAUGAAAAUGGAAACCACGCGAUUUGUGACAGUGUUCUUGUGUUUAAUAGCUGUUUAUGUUUACGGUCAAACGGAUCCAUCCGCACCAGUUUCUCAAACUUGUCUAGGUUGCAUUUGCGAGGCAUCAUCUGGAUGUAAUGUAACUCUUGGCUGUAAUAGCGAUGUUUGUGGGCCUUUUCGAAUAACAUGGGCUUACUGGGCAGAUGGUGGAAAACCAACUCUAGAUGGGCCUAGUGAUCCCAAAAAUGCUUAUGCAAACUGUGUCAGUGAUGCUUUCUGCUCGGCGAAGGCAGUUCAAGGCUACAUGGCUAAAUAUGGAAAUCAGGACUGCAAUGGCGAUGGUAAAAUCGAUUGUUUCGAUUACGCUAAAAUUCAUCGUAAUGGUGGAUUUGCAUGCAAUGCGCCUUUGGAUCCUGUAUACGAAAAUCCGCUUAAACUCUGCAUAAGCACUUUUGGCGACAACUGAUUAUUUUUAAGAAUCAAGUAACAAAUUUCAUUAACAUUAAUAAAUAUUUCAUUUAAUAUUAAGGUUCUUAAUUUGUAAACCAUUCGCAAAUUAUAAUUAGUUCAUCUUCAAAUUUGUAUACAAAACCCAAGAAGUAGAAAGAAUUUUAUGAUUCA